AUGGAACAUAUGGUACAAUCGAUAGCUAUCCGUGGUAAAUUUAUUUGCGGUCAAGAACCGAUAAAUGGUAUUCGAGUAAAAUUAUUCGAGAAUAAUCUCAAUAGUCAAUCAAUAAUAAUUGAUGAACAUAUGUUGGCAAUAAAUUCUGAUAAUAUUUUGAAUGAAACAUGCACUGACCAGAAUGGACAAUUCUUCAUCAAUGGUACAACGGUCAAAGUUGGUCAAAUUCAACCAAUCUUAAAAGUUUAUCAUAAUUGUCUUCAUAAUAAAUUGUUUGGAUUACGAAAAAUUCAUUUCCUGGUACCAUAUCAUUUCAUCAAUUAUGGUAUCCAUGCUGAAAAAGUUUUAGACUUGGGUAUUUUUAAUUUGGAAGCAAUAUUACCU